GAUAUACAUUGUUAGGGUAAUGCUUUAACUUUGUGAUGUGUGAGUGUAAGUAUGGUUGAUGGGAUUCUGACACUGGAAAAUUCGCAUCUCCAAAUCCAAUGAUAGUGUGUUUGGCGCCGUGAAUAUACAGUAUGGAGUGAGUGGGCGUGAACCAUGUACAUGUGCGUGGUGUACUGCACAGUGCAUCAUAACGAACCUAGGAAAGUGGGAGUUCCUGUCUCCCUGAUGCGUACAGUGGUCAACCAUGGAAGGUGUAUGUUAUGAUGAAGUGAGAAAAAUGGGCGAGACACAUGCGGGGACUGUCUGGGGGCUCUGCGUUGCUUUCUUCAUUACUUCCACCUUUUCCCAGGGAGUUUCAGAUGGAACAGCAAGAAAAUUUGUUGACCCCAACCUUCCUCCAUCUCAUUACCCUUUUUACUUCCGGAGUCAUCCUGGGAUAGCAGAGGAUUGUAGAAAAGAUGAAACAUGUCCAUAUAAGAAAGAUUUAGAUCAACCCAGGUGUUGGGGUUAUGAGAAAGAUUGCCUCGCUAGUCAGUAUCCAGGUUUCCCUGUUUGUACCCAACUAGCCAGAGGUUGGGUAAAGGAUAUUGAAGAACAACAGACAUUGUUUUGGACACAGGCUGAUUUUGGUUUUAUCAAAAAUACCUUAGACUCAAUGAAAGUUAUAUGUGAACCAAAGUCACAGGAUGACUCAUUACUGGAGUGCAGCGAGCACAUACGUCAUUGUCGAGCCAAGAAUCUAUACCUUGAUCUCACCAAGCUUGGCUCAGCUACUAGUCGCAGCAGAUUCGGUGUGGAAGCAUUUAACAAGCCAGGUGUUGUCGGGGGCCACUGCAAACUGGACAGAAACUAUCUGAAAUCACAGAGUAAACACUUUGCAGAGCUACAGUCAUGGUAUGGAGAAUUGAAUGAAUACACAGAGAUGAACUUCAAGCCAGUGAAACACAAGAGGAAGUGUGAUGAAAUCAUAACUCGUCCAACAAUCUUUAUGAAAUUUGAUGCAGGUGUGAAUAUGUACCACCACUUUUGUGAUUUCAUCAAUCUGUAUAUGUCUCAACACAUCAAUGGAAGCUUUUCGCAAGACAUCAAUAUAGUCAUGUGGGAUUCUAGUAACAUGAAAUAUGGGGACCUAUUCUUCGACACUUGGUCAGCAUUCACAGACACUCAUUAUAUUCAUUUAAACACAUGGGAUGGCAAAAGGGUAUGCAUAGCUGAUGGUGUAUUCAGCCUGUUGCCACGUAUGCAGCGAGGCAUGUAUUAUAACAUGCCUCUGGUUCCUCACUGCCAAGGUAGUAGCAUGAUGAGAGCUUUCUCACAACACGUGCUGCAUCGGCUCGGAGUUACGCAAGAACGGCCCAAGAAAGACAAAAUACAAAUUACUCUGCUGGACAGACAGACCAAGCAUCGGAAUAUUGUGAACCAAAAUAAGUUGAUAGAGGAAAUAGAAAACAUACCAGGAGUAGAAGUCAAAGUUGUUGUGUACCACUGGAAAACAAUGAAUUUCACAGAUCAACUUCAGAUUACACUUAAUUCGGAUAUCUUCAUAGGUAUGCAUGGGGCUGGACUAACUCACCUUCUCUUCUUACCAGACUGGGCUGUUAUCUUUGAAAUCUCAAAUUGUGAAGAUCUGAAUUGCUAUAAGGACCUUGCAGCUAUACGAGGGGUGAAGUAUAUGACGUGGGAGAAUAAUGAUCUGCUGCAGAAACGAAACGAGAUUGAUCACCCGAGCCUCGGCAAGCCACACGCCAAGUUCUGUGACUAUGAAUUUGAUGUACCGGAGUUUAGACGCCUCAUCCUGAAGGCCAUAUCACACGUCAGGAAUCACAAAGCCUACCAACGGCACCAUGAGAAAGAUGAGCUUUGAUGAGGGAGGACUUUAUAUGUGACCUGCCACAUUAACCCAUUGAAGACUAGACCCAUGUGGGUUGGGGUUUCUGGUAAACGUGUAAUUUGGCAGUCUCCAAUGGGAUAAAACCACUCAUAAGUUGCCAAUUGGUAGACCUCUCCUGGAAGUACAGACUUUCCGCUUUCAAAUUCUAUGCUUCACUCUGAUAGUUUCACAAUCAUCCCCCUUUUAAAAUGCUUGAUGUAAAAGAGCACUCAUGCAUUGUUAGCUCUAUUUCUACAAAAUUAGAGCACAGUAGGGGAGAGCAACUAGAGGAAUAAUUAAUAUGAAGGGAUUAUCAGAUAAGACUAAAGUUUCUCACAUUUUAUGAGGGUCCAUUAAUAAAGCCCCACCCCCCCCCAAAAAAAAAAAAAAACAGUCAACUACUUUGAUAAAUUUCUCACUUAAUUAAACAGUAAAAAAUUGAGGCAUAACAUUGCUGUAGUGCUAUAAAGAGAGCUCUGAUCGAAAAGAGGCGAGUCAUUUUCAAAUGGCUAAAAACUACUUUGGUUUGAGUGAUUCAUUGCAAAAAAACAUCAAACAUUCAAACAUGAUAGACUGUUAAUAAACUACUGGUACCUAUAGUUUUCUUUUAAAAAAAUCACCUAUUCUUCUACCAAAACAAUUAUUUUGAGCUUAUUUCUCAAUAAGUGUGCAACUUAUUUGUGGUUUGCCCUUGAUGGGUCAUAUAUUUUUGUAUGAAACUUUUUUUUUAUCUUGUUACCAUCUAUAUAAAAAGGCUGCAAUCUUUCAUUCUAUUACAUGUAUUUAGAAUCUAAACUACAUGUAGAAAUAUUAUAUUUUCUUGUUGAUAUAGUGGUAAAACAAUUACUGCCUUUAAUGCAAGAGCCUCUUUUUGUGUUCUGAAACAGAGUACUAUUAUCUUUUAAUGUCUUUCUUCUAAUUUUUUAGGGAAGAGAUCAAAUUAUUCAUAAACACACUGUGUAUUUCAAGUGACAAAUAUUAACAAAAAAAAAAUUGACUAAAAUUAGUGUGGAUUUUAUUUGAGAUAUAAAUACCAAUAACUUUCUUGUGACAUCUGAUCCAUGAAUGGAUUAUAUUGUGUACAUGUACAAUACUACUAUUCAAGUCUUCAUGUAUUACUUGCUGCUAUGUGAGACAGUAUUUCAGUUUGUUAGGAAUAACAUUCCUUUGAAAAUUAUGCGUACAAAAUUUGAUGUGUGCAUUUAACUGCUAAAAACUACUUUGGUUUGAGUGAUUCAUUGCAAAAAAACAUCAAACAUUCAAACAUGAUAGACUGUUAAUAAACUACUGGUACCUAUAGUUUUCUU